AUGUUCUCCAUUGGGUUUGGAUUCUUACGGCGAACGAUCCUGACGAGCGCUCCAGACGUCGUUCAGGGGAUCAUCGGCCGGUUGCUGUCCCAUGCUCGACGUACUCAGGCGCAGGCUGUCAUUCCCAUUGCGAACCUUGCUGCUACAUAUCUUGAAGCCCUCACGGGCCCAACGGAACGACGAUUGUUUGCACUUCGGUGUCGCACGUUCAACUUCAUCUUAAAGGAGCUGUCAAUCCCGCCGGCGAAGAAACCAUACGCCACUGCUCAUCACAGCUGGGAAGCCAUCCGUACAUUACUGCAAUUCUCAUCAACAUUAGAAAAGCCUCUCAUUGUUGAACGAGAAAGCUAUCGCGGUAUCCGUCGAGUCCUUCUGGCACUGCAGAAAUCCCCCGGCGAACGGGACACGACAACGACACUGAAAAAGACCUGGCCACCCUACAGACUACCGAGGAACGGCCUUGAAGAGGCCAUGGAAGCAGACGAGUACUACAGCAGGACAGUCAAGGCUGGUCUCAUGAUGCAGGACUCGGGCUACGCCAAAGAAGAAUUCGAUAUCGCCACGGAUAUUCUCGGGGGUCUAGGUCCCGAUGGGUCGCCGACGAUCCAGACGCGGGCAAACUAUCCCGUCCGCAACGGCUCGGACCAGUCCAUAUGGGCCGCUCAGAUCCGAGCCACGAGAAGCGCAGAGGAAGCAUGGCAGGCCUUCCAGCAUCCGCCGCAGCCUGGAAUGGCCCCCCAGACGGAAGUGUUCCACGAGAUGAUCCUCAAGGCGCUGGCGAAUAUUGUGGAUCCCCACCAUGAUAACCUGCCUGGCGAUGGACGAGAGACCUUUUCGCAUGAUACCCUCAACUUCAGCGAGUUUGAGAGGGCACGCCUCGCGCCACCCAAGGUUUUGCAGCUCACAAGACACAUGGAACAAUCCGGUGUUCGUCUCGACGAGAGGUGCCUCAAUGUGCUGUUGCUGCGCUCGGCGAGCCUUGACGAGGCAGUCGAGUACGUGCAGCGAAGUUCGUUGAGCAAGACGCAGCAGGCUACAGUGGACUGCGCGUUACGAGGCACCGACGUGGCUUUCAACUCGGUGGCCGAUCAAAUCAAAGAGAUCUCUCAGGGCACCUUGCUCGCCGUCAUUCGAUUGUUCUGCAGAACCCGCCCAGGCUACGGAAUGUCAAGCCGUACAAUAGAAAGGGCUAUGCGGGUCGCCAGGCUCGGCUGGACAGCUGCCGGUUGCUCCAACCCGGCGCCCUGGGAGUUUAUCCUCGAAGCCCUGGCCCGAUCUCGUGUCCUGGCCUGUGGAGGGGAUCCACAACAGAACAGCCAGCGCGCCUUGCUCUUGGCGGGCCACGUCAUGAAGGAGGCCGAGGCAUCAUGCGGCCUCACACUACACAUGUUAAGCAGCUUCGCGCGGGUAACGCAGAAAGUACUGCACACCAGACUCGACGGGCUCCUCGAAAGCCUGACAGGAGGCACGGCGCACGGCGACGACGCUGCGCUCCUAUCAUUCUUCACCUCGCGGCCGCGGGCCCUCCGCAGACUUUCGCUCCGCCUGGGCGUCUUCCACACCUUCCGCGCCUUCGCCGAGCCCCUUCUCGACGAGACCGUCGUCGCGCCGCUGCGCCGCGCCGUCGUCGAGGCUGGGCAGCGGGACCGCUGGCUCUACUGGCCGAGCGACGACGAGGUCGCGACGUUUACGCAGAGCGACGUCUCUGGACGCCUGGGGCGGCUGCAGGACUUCGUGCAGCUCGUCGCGAGGGAGCGCGAGGACUGCGGCGGCGAUGGCGGCGCGCUGCUGGAGUAUCGCAGGGAGCUGCGGCCUGGGGCCGACGCGGUCGCGCAGGCGGAAGAGCGCGCGAGCUGGCGCUAUGUCUGUCGGGACGAGGUCGAGUGGCGCCAGACGGAGGGCGAAAAGUCGCGCCAUCGAGUCGUGCAGGGCAUGAGGGUGUGA